GUGUGCAAGAAGUGCGACAUUGACCUGAACAAGCGCGCUGGCGAGCUCACGACCGAUGAGGUGAACAAGAUCGUCGCAGUGGUCAGCAAGCCCUUGGAGUUCAAGAUCCCGGCGUGGAUGCUCAACCGCAACCGCGACGUCAAGGACGGCAAGACCUCCCAGAAGUAUGCCAACUUCUUGGACCAGGCUCUGCGUGAGGACAUCGAGCGCAUGAAGCGCGUGCGAUUGCACAGGGGUCUCCGCCACUACUGGGGCAUCCGCGUGCGCGGUCAGCACACGAAGACCACCGGCCGCCACCGCGCCUUCGCAUCCAUGGAUGGUGGCAAGAAGAAGUGA